CCCGUUUGCUCUUUUCUCUGUCUCACUACCUCAUAUUCAGAGAAAAGCCUUGUUCUCGUUUCUCAAAUUUUGUCUCCGAAGUCUCACCUGGAAUAUGGACGAGAUUGAAUUGAAAACGGCACCUGUUGAUUUCCGAUUCCCGACAACAAAUCAGUCUAGACACUGUUUUACUCGCUACAUCGAGUUUCACCGAUGUGUUGCAUCCAAAGGUGAAGAAGCUGGUGAAUGUGACAAGUUCGCCAAAUAUUAUCGUUCCCUCUGCCCUGGUGAAUGGGUUGAUAAGUGGAAUGAACAGAGGGAGAGUGGAACUUUUGCUGGUCCUCUUUAAUCUUGCAAUUCCCAUCUAUUGAGUUUGCACCUCAAUAGGAACUUUAGAAGCAUCUCUAUUUGUUCUUUUUUUUAUUGAAUGGUAUGGAUUUAUUGAAGCUUUAAUAAUACAUCAUCGGAAAGGGCUUCGACUCCAUCAAGCCUUGUAUUACCUCACAUUUUCUUUUAUGAGAAUGAUAUGCUCUGAGCCUAGAGUUUCGGGGUCAGGCAGUACAUCAAAGAGUUUCAUUGAUUUCUGAUUGGUUUGUGCUGGAUCA